AUGGAGUCCGCGCUACUGGAGUUCGGUGCGAUAGUGGCGCUGUCAUCCGACCGCUACAGCAGCCUGCCCCACCUCGAUAACUCCGAGUCCGGCUACGUGCGCGAUAGUCUGGAGACGCUGAUAGACCAGAUGUGGCCCCUGGAAGACCAGCUUGGCAACCUGCAGUCAUACCAGGACUUCGCGUUCCUGCUGGAGCACAUCACCGACGCGGUCGAUGGUCACGUAGCAUCGCGGGGUUCCGGGUACAACCGGUAA